AUGCAAUCCUCUCUCUUCCUUCGUGCUCGGGGCCUGCCAUUGGCGAAGGCCAGCCUCGCUCGCUCCGGCGUUCGCGCCAUGGGCUCCUACGCCACCUUCAAGGUCCCUCGAAUUGACAACGAGCCCAACAAACACUACGCCCCCGGAUCGCCCGAUCGCAAGGGCCUGGAAGAAGCUCUGGCCAAGCACAAGCAGAACUCUCCCCUCAACGUUCCUCUGGUGAUUGCGGGAAAGGAGAUCAACGCCUCUCAGUCCUUCACUCAGGCCAGCCCCUCCACCCAUGCACCUCUGGCCACUUACUCCCAUGCCUCCACCGCCGAUGUUCAGGCCGCGAUCGAUGCCGCUCUGAAGGCUCGCAAGUCGUGGGCCGCCACCUCUUUCGCUGACCGUGCCAGCGUCUUCCUCAAGGCGGCCGACCUGAUCGCGACCAAGUACCGAUACGACAUCAUGGCUCUGACCAUGCAUGGUCAGGGCAAGAAUGCCUGGCAGGCUGAGAUUGACUCGGCCGCCGAGCUGUGCGACUUCUUCCGCUUCGGCGUCAAGUACGCUGAGGAGCUGUAUGCCCAGCAGCCGGUGCACCAUGCUCCGGGAGUCUGGAACCGCGUGGAAUAUCGCCCUCUAGAGGGUUUCGUCUAUGCCAUCAGUCCUUUCAACUUCACCGCCAUCGGUGGUAACCUGGCCGGUGCUCCCGCUCUGAUGGGUAACGUGGUCAUCUGGAAGCCUUCGCCGUCUGCUAUCGCCUCCAACUGGCUGGUCCACCAGAUCCUCCUCGAGGCCGGUCUGCCCAAGGACGUCAUCCAGUUCGUUCCCGGAGAGGCUGAAGAAGUCACCAACACCGUGCUCAACCACCCCGAGUUUGCCGCUCUCCACUUCACCGGUAGCACCGGUGUUUUCCGCAGUCUCUACGGACAGAUUGCCAACGGCGUUGCCGAGGGCAAGUACCGUAGCUACCCUCGCAUCGUCGGUGAGACCGGCGGAAAGAACUUCCACCUCGUUCACAAGUCGGCGGACGUUCGCAACGCCGUCGUCCAGACCAUCCGCGGCGCCUUCGAGUUCCAGGGCCAGAAGUGCAGCGCCACCUCCCGCGCGUACGUGGCCAACUCGAUCGCCAAGGAGUUCCUCGAGGAUAUCGCGGCCGAGGCCAACAAGCUCAAGGUCGGCGAGCCGUCCGACUUCACCAACUUCUGCGGUCCCGUCAUCCACGAGGCUUCGUUCAACAAGCUGGCCAAGGUCAUCGAUGAGGCCAAGCAGGACCCCGAGCUGGAGCUUAUCGCUGGAGGCACCUACGACUCCUCCAAGGGCUGGUACAUUCAGCCUACCAUCUACCGCACCACCAACCCCGACCACCCUCUCCUGUCCCGUGAGCUCUUCGGCCCUGUUCUCGUCAUCCACACCUACGAGGAUGCCACCGACGCCGACUUCACCAAGAUUUGCGAGAAGGUCGACCAGACCGGUGAGUACGGUCUGACCGGAGCCGUCUUUGCCCGCGACCGCGAGGUCCUCAACCUGGCCGACGACGCUCUGCGCAACACCGCCGGUAACUUCUAUCUCAACUGCAAGAGCACCGGCGCCGUCGUCGGACAGCAGCCCUUCGGAGGUGCGCGUGCCUCGGGUACCAACGACAAGGCGGGCAGUGGAAACCUGCUUUCUCGCUUCGUCAGCCUGCGUUCGAUCAAGGAGGAGUUCUGCCCUACCUACAACGUCCCCUACCCCAGCAACGCCUAA